UGUUGUUUUAAUCUACUUUCCACCUGCAACAGGUCUUAAUCUUUAAUCUAUUGCUCUCUUCCUCUGGUCGUGUUAGCCCUCGUACUUUUAUGUCUAGCAGAGUAAAUAUUGGCCCCAUAGGCAUAAUAAGAUACUAGGUAUCUAUCCACCGUCGCGCCAGGCCACUCGACUUACGACCGCCGACCAUCUGCUCGCAGGACCCACGUAUUCCGUACAGAAUUCUAGAAGAGCAGAUUUUAUUGAUAUUCCUCGACCUUUCCAACAUUAAAUUUCAAUGUCCUAGGAGAACGAACAAUGGUCACGAGUACGACACAGAGGGUUAACUUUUCUUCUUCCCGCCUCUCCACCGAAGGCUGCUCUCCUCUGUUCUCCUAGCGCCCAUUUCUCGAUAUGCAGACAGUACCAAGUCUUAUUGGUGCCGGCUCUGCGGUCGCCGCGGCGGCAACGGGUCUGGCCUUUGGCGAACUGACGGAUGGUCAAUCCCCACAGCACCCAGACUCAAACAAGAGAAAGUCAAUACUCGGUGACAGAGACUUCCUUCACGUAUUUUCAUCCCGACCUGGAACGAGUACUAUGGCUCCUGCCACCCCGAAUAACGACCUCAUCCAAGACUCAAACCAACAGCUCCCCUCUUUGAACGCGAGCAACCAACUGCAUAUUCCUCGGCGGUCUUCCCAGACCCAGACAACAUCCCCCAGAACCUCAUCCGCCCGAAUUCCAUCUGGUCGACAAGCCGAUUACGCACCCACGAGCCCUAUUGUAGAAGAUUCGCGUGAUUCCCUCUCCUCGAACGGUUCUUGGAUACGAAGAUUUUCUUUACGUCCAUUAUCCCAGCACGAGAGCCUGAGAUCUAGUGUGGGCCCCGAUUCGCCUUCCAUCACCUUUUCCCACGGUUCCACCGCGCCCAUGUUAUCUAGUGGACACUCUCCUCCCCAGCUACCUCCCAAUAAACUAGUCAAGCGUGCAUCGGCUAUCAAUGGGGGAAGUGCAGGCCCUGUAGUACGGCGAGGAUCAAGAACACAGAUGACAUUGCGAAGACCAGCAACAAGCCACCAACGAUCAGCUACAUUGCAUCAGCAGAUAAAUGCCGAGGUGCGGCCAACUUUACCUGAGGAAUCCUUCGACCAGUACCAUCGUCCUAGGGCCCAGACGUCAGCAAGCCGAAUCGAACCGGUCCUUGGUGUUGUUACCGACGUAUCGUCGAUGUGGAAGUCGUUUUGGCAUUCUCGCUUGACUCGAAACGCAACGAAGCCUUUACCCCUAAAGACAAACGAAAACUCUACUUCACCUGGAGCAAAGCGAAUCUGUGUUGAACACCACGGUCGUCGGCGGGUUUAUCUCGUCAAACCAAGGACUCUCGCCAUGGGCUCCUCUGCCGCGGAGGCGCCAAUCGACAUUCCUCCCGAGCAAGAAAGUCAGUCCAGCACUGAGGGCAGCCCACAGGCUUCGGAUAAAUCCUCUGUAUCUGCGGAAGAUAGUCCCUCGAAGCUGCCACGUCGAUCAAUUUCGAUGCAUUUUAGCUCACCCUCGAACUGGAUUACGAAAUCAGGUAGUCUCCGGCGGCGUAAGCGUGGUGAUGCUAUAGGUGGAGCCAGGCGACACGCAUCUGAGCCUAUCACAGCAAAUACCCAACCAAUAUCGGCCGUUGGUUCAACUGAUGAGGGAGAGGGUUCAAAAGAGGAAGAAUCGAACCAUGCUGAAUCCGAGCUUUCUGCAAUAUUCCGUCCUCCAACUCGCAAGCGGAAUACCUCGUCACCUUUGCCGCCUAUCUCGAGGCUUUCAACUUUCCACAUUGAUUUGAGCAAACUCGGCUCGUUGUCACCCGACCUCCAUUCUCAAUUUGACGAGCGAGCUGUUAGUCCCACAACAGUUCCGCGAACUGUCUCGAAUACGUCGCAUACUCGGACGCUGGAACGUGCUUCCACCGUUGCUAGCUCUGACUACCAUCGUGGGUUUAUGUCUGGUGAUGAUGAUGACACUGACUUUAAGACGGAUACACCAUUCGACUCUUUUCGAACGGUAGCGUCAGGACGGAGGAGAACCCUCGACAGCCCCUUGGAGUCAAUGUUUGAUGAAUCGCCACCCAGCACUGGAGGAAAUAACACAAAGCCAAAGCGAUUGUCUAUUCAGGAUAUUCUUGGCCCAUCUUUCAACGGCGGAAACAAGAUCAUGGAAGAGGACGAAGGCCUUUCCACUCCUGUCCGAGGAGGAGCAUAUAAGGAUAUCGAAGCUCGGUUCCGUGCUGCGAACCUGGAUGAGAAUAAUUUUAUGUCCAGCCCGGUUUCCCCUAAUUUCACCUUGCAGGCGGAGCAUCCUCGGUUUUCACUAGAUGAUGAUGACGAUGACCUGGACUGGGGAAGAGAGGACGACAGCGGAAUAUAUAAUCACUUGUCUCCACCAGGCUCCAUGAAUUCGCGACGUGGCAGUCCGAACUCGCGAACUGCAUUGGGUCCUGCCAACGGUAAUCGAAGACCCAAUGCGCGUUUUGAUACCGCGAGUGAACGACCUCGGAGCACCGUGUUUGACUGGGCAGAACCCGCUGCCCACGAGAAGCAUGAUGGGGAUGGGGUUUAUCAGCGACCUAAAACGGUCCACGGUAAGCAGGAAAUCGACAUCAGAGGCGGACGUUCCGCGAGCCGUAAGGGCCCAGUGCCUGCCCAUAUAAGAAGCCAAAGCGUCCCCAUUGUUCCGGAUCAAGCCGAAGCCACCAAUCCGACUCCCAAAUUUGGUACCUGGGGACUCGGUCAGAAGAACGCGAGUGAGGAUUGGGAUGACGAUUUCGAUUUUGAGGAAGGGGGAGAUCUUGGACCAGUCGCUGGAGAGAAUGAAGACACUCGAUUUGAGAUGGUUGUACCUGCAUCGAUCCAGGCUACUCAACCUACGAUCAAAGCUCACUCCGGACAGAUACGAGAGCUCUCGCUUCUAGUUAAUGACCUCAAGCGAUUGUGUCGACUUGGUCGUGAGAUGGAUAUGUUCCAUGAAUCGUCUACAAAACUUUGGCGAGAGGCUGAGGGCAUCAUUGCCUUGGCUUCCCCUGACGACGAGGAUUCAACAGAGGUCACUGAUUCGAAGCGUGAUUCGUCUAGUACGCUUGUGAAUUCUAUUGAUGCCCGAUUCAUUGAUCAAGGAUUUGAUGGGGCUAGCUCUGAUGACCAAGGAUCUACGAGAGCGGUGGAAAGCCAACGUAACGUUGUUGUUCGUGACCGUCCCGCCGGUCGACGUCGAUCGGUCUUUUCCCCAGAAGACGACAUCUUUGGCACCUGGGAUUCUUCUCCGAUCGAAGAAACGAUACCUGAUCGGCCAAGAACUCCUGAGGAUCAGCUCAGCAGCCUCGAGUGCGGAUCAAGCAGCGUUGCUAGAUCUGUUAUGGAAGCUAUGCACUCGCGACAGUCAAGGCUAAGCCGUGAAAACCACGAGCCUUCGUCUGGCAAGCUCAAUUUCGAUACAAAUAGUUUAAAGGAGCUGGUCAAACGAGCGAGUGACUUAAGAGACGGUCUAUCUGAUAUCGUUCGUAAGGCAGAUCACCUGACACAGAGCCCGGUGCGGACACCAAAGCAUACGAGGCCCGAUGGAAGCCCUGCAUUUACUCGAGUCUUUGAUGAACCGUCAUUAAGUCCGACAAGAAGAAUCCCCAACAGUCAUAGCAAUAGCUCUAUCCUGAGUGGCAAUUCUGUCAGCACAUCUCCGUCCAAUGGACUUGGCCAACGGAUGCAGAUGAUGACUGUUAGCUGAAUCGGUACCAGCCAGAAAUUAUACCCCUAGUAUAAAAUGUUCGAUU